GAUUGUGCCAUAUUGCGUAGACAUCCAAUACCAGGCCGUGUAUCUUUCAAGCCACUCAUUUCCAUGGCCGAAUCUUGCGGCUUUCACUUAAAUGUGGACACUGGAAAGGAGCUAGGAAAAAGCUUGGAUGAAAUUGAAAAGCUGUCAAAACAAGGAGAAACUCCUCGUAAUGUUAUGGUUGCACGAAUGUUGAGAAUGCUGGCAACACGUUGUAUGACCCAGGCCGUUUAUUUUGCUGCUGGAACAGUGCCAAGGGAUCAAUAUUUACAUUAUGGUCUAGCUGUUCAAGUUUAUACACAUUUUACUUCUCCAAUUCGUCGAUAUGCUGAUGUUAUGGUUCAUCGACUACUUGCAGCACUUAUCGGAGUAGAUCAAAUACAUCCAAAUAUGUUGGAUAGAAGAAAGUUGAUUCGUCAGACGGAGAACAUGAACAGACGCCACAGACGAGCUCAAUAUGCUAGCCGUGCUUCUGUACUGUUAAACACAUUUAUGAUGGUUAAAGAACACCCUGAACCUUGUCUUCCAGCUAUUGUUAUUGGGAUACGUUCAAAUGGAAUUCAGGUAAUGAUACCCAAAUUUGGCCUGGAAUCAGUAAUUUAUUUGAACGAAAAUACUGAAACUUCCACCACUAUAACUACGAUCACAAAACGUAGAGAAAGGAAAACAAUAGAACAAAUGUCAGAAUUUUGUUCCAAAAAUGGAAUCCGUUUAUUUCAACAAAUUAAAGUCAGCUUAAACGUUAUACAACGGAAAGACCAAAGAAGGCGUAUAGACGUUAGAUUAGUCGAGCCUUGUAUUGAAGGUUUUAGUAUUGUUACAAAUUGUGAGCCGGAAAUGGCUAAUUAA